AUGUCGGUCCUCGUUCCAACAGUGCAGGCCUCGUUUGAGCACCUUACGCCUACCCAUGUCGCCAUCGCUUCAGCGCUCAUCCUCGCUCUCCUAUGCCUCAUCGCACCCGAUCGUUACAUCUUUGCAUCUCACCGCAAAGGCAUCAAGGAAGUGCCCGGUGCGCUGCCUCUCGUUGGCAACCUUCCCUUCCUUCUCGACAUUGCCGCUAAACGACGCCGCUUCCUCGAUGAGUUUCUCCGUAUGCAGCUCACCAUCGGCUCAGGUGGUAUGCCCUGGGCAGCGACCUUCCCGUUUCUUGGUGGCCGAGUCACUUCGAUCAACCGCCCAGAGUACAUCCGCUGGGUGCAAAAGACCAACUUUGAAAACUACGUCAAGGGUCGCUUCUUCCAGAAAUCCAUGGGAGAUGUCAUGAGCUUGCACGGCAUCUUUGUCGCCGAUGGAGAGGUGUGGAGGAAACAGCGCAAGAUGGCUUCCCACAUCUUUAGCGUCGGCAACUUCCGCACGCACGUUCAGAACACGAUCCAGCGCGAUCUGGGAGUCCUCAACAAGCUCUUUGGCGAUGCUAGUCGCAAGAACGCCGAAAUCGACUUGCCGGACCUGUUCUUCCGAUUCACGCUCAGCUCAUUCUCGCUCAUGGCGUUUAGCGCCGACAUCAAGUGUCUGCCUUCGAACGUCGACGAUCUGAGCAAGGUCGUCGAGUUUGCAGCCAACUUUGACUACGCCCAACGUGUAAUGGACGAACGAUUCGUGGAUCCCCUGGCUCAAUUCACCGAGCUCUUCUCGCCUCAGGGGAGGAAAAUGAGGAGGACAAUCAAGCAGCUGCACAACUUUUGCUACGAGAUCAUUGAUCUUCGACUCGCUGCUCGUGCCAGCGGUGAGGCUCAGGCUGCAUCGGGCAAAGGCGACAAGGACCUUCUGGCGCUGUUUAUGGAACAGAACUUGGGUCGUGACGAGCUGCUUCCUGUGGUGCUCAACUUCUUAAUUGCUGGUCGCGACACUACGGCGCAGGCACUCGCAUGGUUGUUCUACGAGCUCUCAAAGAAUCCCGAAUGCAUCCAAAAAGCACGCGAAGAGGUGCAAGAGAAACUCGGCUCCGGUUCGUCCUUCCGAAGCAUGGCGUACGACGAUCUGUCUUCGCUCGUCUACGUCCAGGCGUGCUUCCUGGAAGCGUUGCGUCUUCACCCCUCGGUACCCAAGAACAUCAAGGUGGCGGUCAAGGACGAUGUGAUUCGUCCCUACGCCCAGCAGCAAUCCUCCGACGCCGAUGUCGCCCCCAAUGCCGUCCCUACCACACAGAAGCUCCCCGACCUCGUCAUCAAGGCAGGCGAAACAGUGACAUGGCAGGACCACACCAUGGGACGAAUGCCCGAACUCUGGGGACUCGAUUGCGAAGACUUUAAGCCGGAACGUUUCAUCGAGCAGCGAAAAGACGGCUCGAUGGGUAUCAAGACUUACUCGCAGUACCUCUUCCACGCCUUCAACGCCGGACCGAGGUUGUGUCUGGGUCAGACGCUGGCGACGUACGAGGGAUGUGCGGUGGUAGCCGAGAUCCUGGGCAAUUUCGACGUGGUCUACGAUCACAAGGCGUUGAAGGAGGACGAGCCGACGUACGACGACUCGCUGACGCUACCGGUCAAGAAUCCGUACAAGAUUCGCGUGCGCGCGAGGGAUGAUUGA